GCGCCCCCUGACGGUUAGCGGGCGGCGGAGGGUCGGGCGACACCUCCCGUGCGCGGGUGACAGAAGCAGGCCGAGCGGCUUCUUGAGGAUCAGAGUGAAGCGGGCUGUGUCGUCGCUGACAGCCAGCAGGCAAGCCCAUCCUUCCUUUUAACAAGGAUCCUGUCAAAAAGCUAACGAGCAGACGCCGACGCUCCAUUGUCAGCGGCCGGGGGGCGGGGCCACGCAGAUGUCUGCGGAUUUCAUCGAAAGGCCGCCGCCAGCAGCAGAAGAGGAAUAAAUGAGUCCUGUCUAAUGAGCUCCUCUCAGACCUUUACCAGGAGUCGAGGGGGUCCAGCUUGUCUCAUGGAGGUUGUUAGAGUGAAAUAUGUCACGUCUGCUUUCCAUUCAUCAUGUCACUCGAAAGACUGAAGACCUCCACCAAGGCCGAACUGUCCGAAACGUGUCUGACCUGUUCCAUGACUCCCGUCCCGGUCCACCACAUCCCUUGGACGAUGAGCAGGUCUGGCUGCCCCCCAGGGGAUGAGCUCACCGAUGAGGAGAAGGAGAUCAUCAAUGGCGUGUUGGCCCGUGCCGCCAAGAUGGAGGCCGCGGAGCAGCAGCGCAUCGAUCGCCUCUCCAGCCGCCUGGACGACAUCAGGAGGACGGCGUGCGGGGACGGGCGCUCUCGCUGUUUUCUCUGCAGCUCGUCUUUCGGGAUGGGGGGGGUCACAGCCGUUCUCUGUGUGCACUGCACAAAACAAGUUUGUCGUCCCUGCGGCGUCCAAAGCAACAGCGGCUCGGGUUCAGUGUGGCUGUGCAGAAUCUGCAGCGAGCAUCAAGAAGUCCAGAGGCGUUCGGGGGCGUGGUUCUUCAAGGGGAGAGGGCAGCAUCUCCUUCCCGCCCCUCUGCCUCUAUCCAGACUUCCAUGCUCCGGCGCUGAGAACAGUUCUGAUGGACUGGUGGCGCCUACACAAGCUCCUCAGCAGCUUGAAUCGCAAAGGAUUCCAAAAAGUGGACCACAGAGCAGCCAAACAGCAGCAGCCAAUCAGGUUGUGUCCAGUGGAAGCUCCUCAGACCACAUCGCCACCUCUGGGGAUGAGACCACGCCCCCUCAUCCGGCGGCUGUCCAAAUGUCUGCCAGUGGUAUCGAACCAGCAGCCAAUCUUCCCCCGGGACCCCCCGCUGAUGGAACACAGCAGCAGGAGGAGGACGACUCCGAUGACGCCACCACGCUGGGGUGUCUGGAGUUCAGCGUCGUGUACGAGCAGGAACGUCAUGAGCUCCACUGUUGCAUCAUCAGGGCGAAGGGCCUGAAGCCGAUGGACUCCAACGGGCUGGCUGACCCGUACGUGAAACUCCACCUACUGCCUGGCGCCAGUAAGUCCAACAAGCUUCGCACCAAAACCCUAAAGAACACCCUGAAUCCAGUGUGGAAUGAGACGCUGGUCUAUCACGGUAUCACCGAUGAAGAAAUGUCCAGAAAGACUUUACGGCUGUCCGUGAACGACGAGGACACAUUCGGGCACAACGAGUUCAUCGGAGAGACGCGGGUGGCGCUGAAGAAGCUCAAGUUCAACCAGGAGAAGAAGUACAAUGUUUGCUUGGAGAGGGUCGUACCGCAGGUGAAAAAAGCAGUGGGGGGUCAAACACGAGGAAUGGCUCUCUAUGAGGAUGAUUUAAAUGGGGACGAGGACUCCGAGGAGAGAGGUCGCAUCCUGGUGUCGCUGACAUACGACAGCCAGCAGGGGCGUCUCAUCGUGGGCGUGGUCCGCUGUGCCCACCUGGCCGCCAUGGACUCCAACGGAUAUUCGGACCCUUUUGUCAAAGUAUGUCUGAAACCUGACAUGGGAAAGAAAGCCAAGAACAAGACGCAGAUCAAGAAGAAGACCCUCAAUCCAGAGUUCCAGGAGGAGUUCAGCUACGAAAUAAAGCACGGAGAACUGGCCAAGAAGACGCUGGACAUCUCCGUGUGGGACUACGACAUGGGAAAGUCCAAUGACUUCAUUGGAGGCUGCCAGCUGGGCAUCCAAGCUAAAGGCGAGUGUCUGAAGCACUGGUACGAAUGCCUGAAGAACAAAGACAAGAAGAUCGAGCGCUGGCACGUGCUGCUCAACGACAACAGCGUCCAGUUUGACGACUAGUGGCGUCCCGG